CCCUAAUUCUGGUUGCCCUUCUCGCAGAGUAGCUCACAAAGUACAGAAUUCUUCCCUGUGUUUCUCACCAAGCUCGUUGUUUGAUUUUAGUUUCCUAAGCCUUCUCAGGAACCAAACGGCGAGUUAUCUCGUUCGUUUUCGUUGAAAUCAACGACAUAGUUUUGUUAUAUUGGGGCUGGAACAGGUAAUGCUGUCACUGGGCAAUGAAUUUGUAUGGAAUUGGUAUAGGAAGUACUUACCGUGGGAUUCUUAAAAAGGUUCCUGUUUUGCAUCAAUUUAUGCCUCUUUGUUCGUCAUGUGCUGUUCAAGUUUUGGAUUUUGCUGAAGAUAGUUGUGCCUGCGAGUCAUAUUAUGUUGAAUUACAGCGUAGAAUGCAGGGCUAUGCAGCCUCGGGUUGCGUAUCGGAAGCUCUUAAGGCUUUGAAUUUCAUGAGGAGUGUCCCGGGGAAGCCCACUGUGUAUGAUUAUAAUGCUUUGAUACAUUGUUGUUUGAAAUCGAAACAGGUGGUGUUGGAUGAGUUGGUUGAUGUUUAUAUUGGGAUGAAAAGGUUUGGGCCAUACCCAAAUGCAUUGACCUUCAAUGCCCUUUUGAAUGGGAUGCUUUCUCACGGGAACAUCAAAUAUACAUUCAUUUUAGUAGAGGAAAUGUGUUCAAGUGGAUUUGUGCCUUCAUUUAGAUUGUUGUCAAAAUUGUUGACAAAAUCGUUGAAGCCCGGAUACUUAUUGGAUGCACUUAGUGUGUUCAAGUUCAUGUUGAGAUUGGGCUAUUUUCCAUCUGAAGACACCAUGAAUUUGUUAAUUGUUUGUCUUAGUAAAUCUGGGAUGAUCCCUGAGGCAUGCUUUGUGUUCUCUGUUCUUCUUGAAAAGGGCUAUUUCCGAGGUGCGUAUACUUACAAUCCAAUUCUAUGGGCUCUAUGUAAGACUGGCCACAGCUACACAGCCUUGGUUUUGUUUUAUUCUUUGAAGAAGAAGGGUCUUGCACACAGUGUGUGCUCAUAUACAGCUUUGGUUUAUGGUUUUAGCAAGGAAAGGUUAUGGGAAGAAGCCUUUAAGUGUUUGAGUGAAAUGCAAAUUGGUAGCUGCAAGCCUAACGUAAUAACAUACACUGCAGUUUUAAGGUUUCUCUGUGAUGAUGGGAAGAUUGAAGAGGCUUUAGGUCUUUUGGAUAAGAUGCAGAAGGAAGGAUGUGAUCCAGAUUUAGUUACGUACAACAUAAUUCUCCGUGAACUUUGUCAUCAAAGUAGAAUUGCCAAAAUUGGUGAGUUCGUCCAGAUUAUUGACCAAAAGGGAUUGCAUCCUGAUGAGUUCACUUAUGCUGCUUUGGCUGGAGGGCUGUUAAAAGGGGGGAAUAUGGGGAUUGCCACUAAAAUCUUACUUCACAUUGUUUCAAGAGGAUGUACUGUGGAUGUUGCAAUUUGUAAUAUAUACUUAAAUAUUCUAUCUCAUGAGAAUAGGUCAAGUGAAUCAUUAUCCUUGAUUAGGAGUAUGAUGGAAAAAGGUUUAGAACCAAAUAAUAUAUCAUAUAACACAAUUUUGAAAAGCUUCUGCCAUGACAACAUUGAUGAUGCUCUGGAACUCUUUGACCAUAUAGAGUGGGGUGCAAAUGGACCUGAUGUGGUUUCUUUCAACACAAUUCUGUCUGCAGCCUGCAAACAGGGAAAUUCACCAAUGAUUCGAAGGAUUUUAUACAGAAUGGAGUAUGAAGGCAUCAAGUUGAAUGUGGUUGGUUCAACUUGUUUGAUUCAAUAUUUUUGCAUGGUUGGGAAGUUUAGAGAUUGUUUGGAGCUAUUGGAAGUUAUGAUGUCAAAUGGUCCUAGUCCCACAAUAGUAACUUUUAAUACGCUUAUGUGUAGCCUUUGCAGGUAUUCAUAUCUUGAAACAGCACAUUGGAUUUUCAAAUACUUGAGAAGCAAUGGCUUCUUACCUGAUAUGAUAACUUACAACAUUCUUAUACAUGCUUCCAUAAGAGAAGGCAAUGAGCAGCUGGUGGUUCAGUUGUUAAGAGAGAUGUAUGGCCAAAGAUUAAAGCCUGAUGCAUUUACCUUUGGAUCCUUCAUUUAUGGCCUUUGCAAGGAAGGCAAGGUAUUAACAGCACUUCUGCUGCAGGACCAAAUGAUUGAGAAUGGCAUCACUCCAACUAUUUCGAUUUACAAUACAAUACUGGAGGCGAUGCUCAAGAGAGGCAAAUUUGGGGGUAGUAUUUUGCUAUUGAAGAAAAUGCUGAUGGAAGGGUGUGAACCUAAUGCAGUUUCUUUAGAGAUUCUACACCGAGCAAUGGCAAGAGGUUGGAUGAAUGGGUUUUGUAGGAUUGCAAAGCGUCUGGAGCUUGUGUUGUCUGGUAAUGAUGAGAAGGAGACACAUCAUGGACCAAUAGUAGUAGGCUAAUUCACCAAGAGAACAUAAGAUGGUUAAUAUCAUGUUCUGCUAUCACCAAACUGGAUCCUCUCAGUUAAAUCCAGCUUUUCGUCAAAAGAGAUCCAAUGUAGAUUAACUUUCACACUUUGCAAAAGGGUGCUUUUUCUACACCUUUUCCUCAAUGGCACGUCAGCACCAGGGGAACAGAAGAAUAUUGGUUUCAGGUUAAGGCAAACCACCAGUAAAAGCAGUAGUAAAGAGUUAAGUUUUCCUUCUUUGUGGCAUGUGGCACAUUUGGCAUGAAAGGAGCUCCAGUCUUUCAGGGUUUUGACAGUCUAUUUUGUUAUAUUUACUGGCAAUUCUUGUUUCACUUUUUUGAGCAGCUCAGGGAGCAUGGCCAUUCCUGAUUUUCUUCCUCUUCUUUUUCUUUUUUUGCUUUUUUUUUUUCACCAUAUCAAUCAUCUUCAUUUACUGCCGUCUCAUGAAAUGUCUCCAUACUCUUUAGAGGGUUGCAUCAGGAAGGGUAAAAAUUUUGCCACAUUAUUCUUUUGCGUGGAUUUAUAUUUUCAAUGUGACUUUUAGAAGUCAAUUGACAUUAUGAAUGUCGUGCCAUCAAUCCUAACUUUGUUAAGAUGAGAUGCAAUUGAUGAUGAUGAUUUGUUGGUAACUUUUUGUUGUAAGCAGGCUUUUGUCCUUUUGUCGGUUCCAGUCUCUUCCAUAUAUUUUAUCUUUAUUCAGAAAAAAGAAAUUAUGUCAUUUGAUGAACAAUACUGUAAUUGGUUAAUUCUUCUGUACUUUAUUUUGUUUCUGAGAGUUUGGUAGUAAUGUUGUUUAUUUUUACUCUCUUCAGAAGCACAAACAUGAAAGACAUGUUGGAACCCUGAUUUCAAAAAAUGGAGGAUGUGACAUGGUGGGUACACAACAAAAUAUGUGUUUGCUUAUAUGACAUGAUGGGUAUGCAACAAAAGACAUGUUCAGGAAAUGGAGGAUCUGACAUGGUGGGUACACAACAAAAUAUGUAUUUACUUGUAUGACAUGGAUCUGGCAGGUCCAGCAAUUUCUGGUCUAUCUUUCAAACGUAUAUUGGCUGAACUCUUGCAAGCAUGGCAGAAGCCAUCUCCAGUCAAGAGUAAAUUGCCUCGCAGCCUUGAGUAGCUGUACAGUGGAUCACAAAGAACAGGGAGGAUGGAAGAAAGCAACGAAGAUCAGGACCGGCUGUCUGUCUCAUUACAGUGGCUCGGGAUGAACUGACUGGUGACUGAAGCAGAAGAGUUAAGAGCAAAGCUGACCCUGGGGAGCUCUAGGUGGUGAUUAAUUGGUCAUCGACGACUUCCUAAUCCCCAGUCCGUUAGGUAGUACUCCGGGAUUGAACGCACAGAGUAAAUUUGAAGGAGCAGCAAUUCUCCAUUGAAAUUAGUCCUAUAUUGAGUUUUGGGUCACCUAUACUCCAGUUAUUACCUUUCUCGGAGAGACGAGGCCAACAAGCACAUGAUCUAGAACUUGGAUAUUUAUGUAAUCGAUUUCACAUAAUAAUAAAAUUAAGACUCGUUAUAUUG